AAACCAACGCGUUCAAGCGAUUCGUGUAACUGACGUCAUCAACCCGUGUGUCAUCUUGAACCAUAUUAUAACCGCGGCACAUAACACAGAAAUUUUGGUUAUUCGCUUGGAUUUGAUUAAUGUGUUUUACAUUGAAAAAUAUAUCACAAAGGUUAUUAUUAUAUGAAGAUUAUGAACGAUAAUUUCUCGUUUGGGAAUUACAUCAAUAAUUAAAAAUUUAAUGUGUACUUGUGUAGGUUAAUUUAUUUUAAAUGUUUGCCGCGAGAUGUCACCGAAUGACUGAAUGCUGAAGUUAUCAUAUGACUGUCAACGUGGAUGUGUUGAUGUGACAGGUAGGGUAAGUGAUAAGUGUUUUUUUCGCCUUUUCACACCACAUAAUUCAAAGUCUGAUCUUGGAACUCCAAAUAGUACAAAUUUCGAUUCCGUAGUUUUCAAAAUAGCUGUUUGGAAUAUUUUGAGGAACUCGGUAUCGACUCGAUUUUGAGCAUUUUUUAUAGACGUGUACAUAUUUGAUACAUAUUAGUCAUGGGGGCAGCAAAGGCCAUAUGUAAAUUCUUUUUCAGAAGAUUUUUAGAAGUAACAAUUGUCUGCUUAUUGCUAUUAUUCAUGCCAAAUGUACCACCUUACACCAAAAUUGAAGAGCCCUACACUGUAGCACCAACCAGACCAUUGGAAGGUAAACUAGUGCUCAAAGAAAGUCUGUCAGAUGUAGAAAUUUGGCAUAAAGGUGAUCUGAUUGGCCCAGAAGGCUUUGCUGAAUAUAAUGGUGAACUUUACUCUUCACUAGCAACUGGAGAAGUUGUAAAACUUACUGGAGAACAUAUCACUCCAGUAGUAAAAUUUGGCAAACCUUGCAAGGGUGCAUAUGAGGAAAGGAUUUGUGGAAGACCUCUUGGUAUGCAGUUUGAUAAAAAUGGGUUGCUGAUUGUGGCAGAUGCAUACUAUGGUCUAUUCAGGGUAAAUGUUAAAACAGGAGACAAAGAGCUUUUGGUGUCUCCUGAUCAAGAAAUUGAGGGCAAGAAAGUAAAAGUUUUCAAUAGUGUUGCUUUAGCCAGCAAUGGUGACAUUUACUGGUCAGCAUCUUCAACAGAAUUUACAAUAGAAAAUGGCGUCCUUGAUCUUUUGGCUGAUCCUUCAGGCAGGUUAUUACACUAUGAUGUCAAAACAAAGAAAAACAAAGUGCUGAUCGACAAAAUUCACUUUGCUAAUGGUGUACAGCUUUCAGAUGACGAGGAAUUUGUAAUUAUUUCAGAAACUCCUAGAAACCGUAUUCAUCGUUACUACCUUAAGGGUUCCAAAAAAGGUGUCCAUGACAUUUUCAUUGAUGGGCUACCUGGUAUGCCUGACAACCUGAAAUCUGACGGAAAAGGAGGGUUCUUUGUACCACUCAUCGUGGCUGUAGAUUCUGAAAAUAAAGCUUUGCCACAGAUUAUUGGCCCUUAUCCUGCAAUAAGAAAAAUAGCAGCUCGGUUUUUGGGAGUGAUACAGCUUAUAUUCAAGACUGUGGACAAACACUAUCCCAACGAAUUUUCUCAGAAAGCUAUCCAUUAUAAGGAAAAAUGGGCAGCUAUGGUUCCAGCUUUUUUGCCUGCUUAUUGGAGGUGACCGCUUAAAAGAAAACUAACAAAUAUAGGAAUUGCACAGUUUUUUAUUUAUAAGUGAC